AUGGAUGAAGUUGAAUGGGGACAUUUUCCAUGUCACAAUCCUAUACGUUACCCUUACUUUGAGACCACAUUAGGUAACCUUAUGUUACACAAGAGCACCAAAACCCAUGUGAUUCGGUCAUUGCUUGGCCACAUUGAGGAUGAAGCUCAACGCCUUGUGGGAAAGGAUCAUUUGAAAAGGAUGGCCCAAGAAUUUGGGCUAAUCAUAACUAAAAAUCCCACUUUCCAAUUACAAUCCUAUGAUAUUGCAAAUAACAUGAGAUUUGAAAAUCUUAAAAGGGCUUGUGGAUUAAAAGAAGAAAAGUUGAACAAUGUUGAUUUCUCAGCAAGAUCUGAGAAAAAUGAAAAUGGGCCCUCAGUCCAUUUAUACAAGCUAUCUGGCCCUAAUCUAAGGGUAUUUAGAAUGAUGUAG